AUGAAAAGCCUCAAGUGCUUCGUUGCCAUAAUCCUGGCAGUUGUGCUGCUUGCCCAACUGACCACCACCGUUGAAUCUGCCCCGCAAACUACGAUACUGCCGGAACCGUACGCUUCGCCGAGUGCCUCACCGGGUGCUCCCUCGGGUGCUUCGCCAACGGCUAAACAAGGAGUACUAAAAACCUUGGUUCAGGGUUUAACCGGCAAUAAAUCGUCCGAGGAGAGCCAUUCGAAUGAGAGCAGCGAAGAAGCAUCCUCCGAAAGUCGCAUCAUUGGCGCACACCAGCUUCAGCUACCACCAGCCACCCUGCCCUACAUCUGUUCCGUGCGCCAGCAGGACGUUCACCGUUGCAGCGCCACCAUACUCAAUCCCCGAUGGCUGCUCACUUCCGGCAGCUGCGUUUACGACCACCCGGCACUCGAAAGCCUUGCCGUCGUGUGCGGUGUACGCAUGUAUCGCACGGUGGCCGAAAUGGCGCUGCAUCCGAGUUUUUCCACCAGCCCGAUAGGAAACGAUCUUGCGUUGCUUAUGUUGCGAAAACCACUCAACUUUACGAACAACGUUCAACCCAUCCCGUUGUACGAUAGAAUGGAACUUCCCGGUGCAUCCUGCGGAAGGGCGACCAUCGUUGGUUUUGACGGGUUCAAUUCGAUCCGCGCUACGAAUUGGGGGAAUCCAUCGUUACAGAUGGCCAAAGUUGGGAUAUUAUCGUCGGACGAGUGUCGCGAACGGCUCCCUGGACCAUUCCUCGCUGCCUUUCUUACGGAGGCGAACGUCUGCACCGAUAACGAGCCCACCGAUUCAUCGAUAUGCGCUGGUGACUCGGGAGCACCAGUUUUGAUUGCUACCAGCUGGCGGCAGACGUACAGCUUGCUGGCCAUCGCCUCCUGGACCGUGGCACCGUGUGGGGCAGGUCCUUCGGUGCACGUUCGCGUUGCGCCGCAUCUUGAUUGGAUUCUCGGCGUUAUCUCAACCCACAUGUAG